AUGCAAGAAUCUGAUGCAAAGGAUGAGACAUUGAUUGGAGAUGAACUGAAGCCAUCAACAUCAAAGGCUCCAACACUGGUCAAGGCCUAUGUGGCUCCUAUUCCCUUCUCACAAAGGCUUCAUAAACAGAAAUUGGAUUCUCAGUUUGGAAAUUUUUUGGAGGUCUUCGAGAAACUAUACAUAAACAUUCCAUUUGCUGAUGCAUUAGCUCAAAUGCCGACUAGACUGAAAAUCAAAGAUCCAGGGAGUUUUACUAUUCCAUGCAGUAUUGGUGAUUUAAAUUUUAGUAAAGCUUUAUGUGAUUUUGGUGCUAGUAUUAAUUUGAUGCCUCUGUCUAUUUUCAAGAAGCUGGGAUUGGGAGAAGCCAAGGCCACCACCAUGUCAUUGCAAUUGGCUGAUCGAUCAAUAAAAUAUUCUCGGGGUUUCAUUGAGGAUGUAUUAGUCAAGGUGGACAAAUUCAUAUUUCCAGCCUAUUUCAUAAUUCUUGACAUGGAAGAGGAUCAUGCCAUCUUUAUCAUUUUAGGAUGGCCAUUUCUUACCACCGACCGAGCUUUGAUUGAUGUACAAGAGGGGCAGCUCAUUCUAAGAGUCCAAGAUGAACAAGUUACAUUCAAUAUCUUGAAGAGGCUUUCUAAGGAUCCUCUGGAAACAUGUCUUGAAUGUCCUUUGGCUAUCAAAGAGAAAGAUUUUGAAGUUGGGCAUAUGGUACACUAUUUGGAAGCUACACAUUCCCAGUCUUACAAGAGGGCACCAAAUUAUGAGGACUUGGAAAAGAGCUCUUCACUACCACUGCCAUCUCUUCAGCAAGCACCUAUACUUUAUUUGAAGCCUCUUCCUUCUCAUUUGAGGUAUGCUUAUUCAGGAGAGUCAUCUAUGCUUCUGGGUAUCAUUGCUAAUUUCUUAAGUGAAUUGGAGGAAGAGUAG